AUGGCGAACGUUAAUUUGCAGAUGCCGCUCCUUGCCGCCACCACAAUUCUGACCAUUGCCAGUGGAGCCAGCCCCGCGGAGGCUGUGGCCAAGAACCAGCCGUCAUACCACAACAUGGGGUCCCUGUUCGACAAUCGCUGGCGGCCAAUGGAUCAAUCGAUUCAGCAUCACCACGCCAAUCAUCGCUACGGUUCCCCGAGAAUUCCAGGCGGCGAUGCGGGCGAACGGCGAGCCUUCAGCGGCGGCCAUUCCUCUUCGGUGCUCAAUGGGCUCACAAAUCUCUCGGGCCUGGGACACAUCUCCAAUGGUUACGGCUCGGUGGCGCCCAGCCAUACGGAGGCACUGGCCCUCGGCUCCAGCAAGCAGGAGAUACCGAUUUACGAGGAGCACAAUGAAGAUGCCGCCGUUGCCGCUGUGGCAGCAGCAGCUGGAGCUCAUGGUGAUUUCGGUGGGGGAAGUGGACCAGAGAACAAUCAACAGCAUAACCCGAUUUACCAUUAUCCCGGUGCCGCACAUAAUGGCGGAUUUGUGCCAGCCUACGGGGCAUCUGGUGGAUCUGGUGCUGCUGAGCAGGGCUACGACUCCUGGCAAUCGUCGUUGAAUGCGGAACAAGCGGAACAGCAGGCGGCCCAUCCGUAUGCGUACGAUAAAAUUUCAAUGGGAAACUUCCUGCCUCACUACGAAUCGGGUUCCGGGUACGAUGACCAUCAGGAGCAGCUCUUCCAGCAGCAGCAGCAGCUCUACGAGCAGCACCAGCAGCAAUUCCAGAAGAAUCAGGAGCAGCUGGAGCAUCUGCAGCAGCAGCAGCAGCAACAGGAGCAGCAGCACGCCCAUUCCCCGUACUUCGGGCAACAUGACCCUUCUGCCUCUGGAUCCGGUUCGUCAUCGGCCGCAUCUGCUACUGCCUCAAGCGGAUCCAGCGGCGAUGACUACGAGGAGCAUUCCGAAGCUGGCCAGGAGCAGGGCUCCAACUACUUGUCGGAGGCAAGUGGUCACGGCCAAGGAGGUCACACCCACCACUCCCACCACGUGGACAUCAUCAACUACGUGCCGGUGAAGCACGUGAAGAAGCAGCAUGUCCCGGUGGAGAAGGAGGUGAAGAUACCCAUCUCCCAUGCGGUGAUCAUUCCCGUUCGCAAGCCAGUUCCCAUCCACAUACCGAUCACCAAGAACGUCCAGGUGGCCGUGGAGAAGGAGCUGAAGGUGCCGGUGGAGCGAUUGGUCCCCGUGCCGGUGGAGAAACACAUCCCUGUUCCCGUGGAGAAGCAUGUGCCCUACCACGUGGUGAAGUAUGUGCCCAUCAAGGUGCCGAAACCCUUUCCUGUCAAGGUGCCCGUCUUCAAGACGGUUCUCCACAAGGUCAAGAGCUGGUGGUAGGAGUAAGUUAGAAGUCGCAACCACAUUUACAUAAUAUAUCAUCCCUACCUGCUGCA